AUGUAUUCUUCGGAAGCUAUGGCGUCCUCCAGAAGCGAAGCACAUUGUCCUCGCCCGCGCAAUGUGGCAAAUAUGCGAGGGCUACCGGCUAAAGGACGGAGCCAACCAAAGAAGUUUGUCCGCCAACACCAACAACAUCCAAUACGUAACGUUGGGACACUUACCCGAAUAAGUCGUGAACUGGCACACAGUCUCAGAAAACGCCGUGUUGACAUAUGCUGUGUACAGGAGAAUCCCUGGAAAGGCUCCAAGUCAGGGGAAUUAGGCAAUGGUUACGGCAAUGGCUACCACAGCGCAUCGCAAUGA